CACACACACACCGGACGAGAGAGGGAUCACAGACGCGCUUCACGUACAGUUCUACAGACGGAGUUCGUGGUCCGGUGGACGCUGUGCGCGCUCACGGUGCGCGGCGCUCUAAUUCCGGCCGGUUUGCGCGUGACCUGACGGUUCCAGACCGGAGGAGUUCAGGACAGAAACGUUACUUGAACUGAACGAAGGGAACUUUCCAGCGUCUCGGUGAAGCGUUUUAAUGGUUUUCUGUGAACAUUUGACAUUUUAUAGGAAGAUUAUUUACAGACAAGAUGAUGAUGACUGCGUGACUGCAUCAGUCCGACUGGUCACACACUGAGAGCAGGCGGACGUGGAGCAGCGAUGGGUCGGAAGUUGGACCUGUCGGCGCUGACGGACCACGAGGCCGAGCACGUGCUGCAGGUGGUGCAGAGGGACAUGAGGCUGCGCAAGAAGGAGGAGGAGCGGCUCAGUGAGCUGAGGCAGGAGCUGGACGACGAGGGCAGUCGCUGCCUGCUGCUGUCGCGCCAGGGCUGCUUCAACCAGCGCUGCUGCAUCCGCUGCUGCUCCCCCUUCACCUUCCUGCUCAACCCCAAGCGGCCGUGCCGCGACUGCCGCUACAACGUCUGCAAGGCCUGCCGGGUCUACAACAAGCGGGACGGAGCCUGGCUGUGCUGCGCCUGCCAGAAGAGCAGGCUGCUGAAGACGCAGUCGCUGGAGUGGUUCUACACAAACGUGAAGAAGCGCUUCAAGAGGUUCGGCAGCGCCAAAGUGCUGAAGACGCUGUACAGGAAGCACCUGGCGGAGCACAGCGCGCUGUCGGAGCUCACAGAGGGCAGUGCCUAUGAGGAGAGCAUCUGCAAUGAGGGCAGCAUUUCUGAGAGUGACUCGACCUUCUACAGACAAAGUGAAGAGCACAGCAUGGCAGAGACGCUGACGGUGGCGCUGCGAGUGGCGGAGGAGGCCAUAGACGAGGCCAUCUCCAAGGCUGAGUUCCACCCGGCCUGUCAGAAGAAGCAGAAUGAGGCGCACUAUCUGCGGGAGCACAGAGCGGAGCUGGUGGAGGAGCUGGCCAAAACCAUUGUGCAGAAAAUUAUCAGUAGGAGGAAGACUUUGGCUGAGAUGAGGGCAGAGUACAACCAGGAGUGGCCCCUCCACCAAAACACGGGCCCCCAUCGUCCUCCCUCCAGCUCCGAUCAGGCCUCCAGCUCGCUGCAGCACCAAGCGGGCCUCUGGAGGUCAUACUCUGCCUUCUCGCUGUCGGCCAAUGAUGCUCCAAGUCUGAUCCAAGACUCCUCCCUAACGCUGAAAAAAGAGGGUGCUGCAUCAGCCAUGUCUGCUUGGAAGAGUGUUGACCGGUUGGACAACGCUGGCGUGUCCUCUGUGCUGAAGAGCCCAGACGGGAACUGGAUUGCCCUGCAGAGCGCCCAGCUGUCCCGACCCAGCCUGCUGACCAAGAGGAAGAGCCUGGUGUACAGCGCCUUGGAGCGCGAGUCCGGGGCGGUGUCCGCCUACGAGGGCAUGGGCUCCGACGCCGAGGCCCAGCCCGAGCUCCACGGCUCCUGGGGCGCCGUCCUGCAGGAGAUCCACAGGAAGAUGACGGACUGCAACCUCAACCUGCAGGACACGCGACAGCCGAGGGAGGAGGCGUUUUCUGACCCGGAGGGGAACAGGAAGGCGAACAGACCUCUGCUGGCCUUUUUCAAGAGGAAGUUGCCGGCAGAGAUCAGGCGGCCGUCCUCGUCCCGCAGGACGAGCGUCAUCGACGUGAACUUCAACGCGGAGCAGCCGGGCGGCGCCGGUCCUGAGCCGGAGGUGGGGAGAGUCCGGAGGUCACGGAGGAAGAGGAGAAGUAAAAAGGAGCGAGUGGCUUCUUCUGCAGCUGCGGACUUGAACAGGAAAGACGAGCAGCCUGACCAAACAUCUGACACCACGACACCCGACACAGUGACCUCUGGAGCCACGACCCCUGAACCUCUGGAGCACAGGAGUGACGCCAGUGAGCAAGCGGCCAAUCAGACGGAGGAACAGCUGACGCAGCCGCCAGGUGGAGGCUCCGACUGCUCCACCAGAGGCAAUGAUAGAGACGGAGAGGCUGAUGACGGCAGGCAGCGGAUGGGAGAGAGAGAAGCAGGUGAGGAAGACGAUGAAAGACUGUGGAAGAUGGAGAUUGACGAGGAUGAAGACAGAACAAAGGAGGAGGAGGAGGAUGAGGAAGAGCGAGCUUUAGAGCCAGAUGAUGAAGACAUGAAAGAGCGCCUGUACAGGCUCGUGGCUCAGUCCAGGCUCACCUACUUCUCCUCCACUGACGAAGAGUUAAACAAACUCGCUCAGGGAGAAGGAAAGUGGGAGGACGACCAUGAUGAAGACAUGGAGGAUGAGGAGGAGACGACAGAAGGACUCACACACAGGCUCUGUCAGCUGGAGAAAGAAGUCGGAGCUUCGCAGUUCUCCUCCACCGAGGACGAGCUGCACAGAGCUGCUGCUGAUGAAGAGGAGCUGGCGCUGAAAGUUUGCCGAUUAGCAGACCAGGUCGACGCCACCCAGUUCUCCUCCACAGAGGAUGAGCUGGAGGCAGCAGGCAGAGGAGGGGAGGAGGAGGAGGAGGUGAUAAACGAGCAGACGCUGUGGACGCUACAGACGGAGACAACGGUUCAGGCUGCACAGCUGCGCGAUCUGGCCAGUCUCGUCAGCGCCUCUCAGUUCUCCUCCACUGAGGAUGAGCUGGACCGAGUCGGGGGGAGCGAGGGAGCGCUGGAGCAGGGAGGAGGAAGCGAGAGCAGCAACGAGACGGAGGAGGGGUGGGAAGGAGAAGUGGAGAGGAGGGAGUCCUUCUGCGAUUUGGACGUGAAAAUGUUUGAUUUGAGAGAUGAAACGGAGGAACCGAAGAGUGAAAGUAGCAAAGAUGUGACAGACGGUGAGAUGAAGAUGGACGUUGAAGGAGAAGAAAUGGAGCCAGACACAAACGAGUCCUUUGAAAGUGUUCAAGCAGCAGAGACGAAGGAUGAACGAGCUGGAGAAGAGAAGCUGGAAGACGAGGCUGAAGGAGAACAAGGUGCAGAAGACACGAUAAACGAGACACGGGUUGAAGAUGGAGAGCAGCCAAAGGACGGAGACGGACAGAGAGAGGGAAGGUUUGAGGAACGCCGCGAGAGCCGAGCGCCGCGGGAAACGACGGCCGACGGCUACGAGGACGACGACGAGUUCGACAGAAUCAUCAGCAGCAUGUUGAUGAUGACCUUGGACGACAUGCAGGUGGAGCCGCCGACGGAGGAACCUGCAGAGACGGAGACAACAGGAGAGAGUGGAGGCAGAGCAGAGUCCAGGCCGCAGGCGGCUGUGGAGCAGAGACUGGAGCACGUGGGCGACGAACCUGGCGUCGCCGAGGAGGAGGACGGAGGCGUCGCCGAGGAGGACGGACGUCCAGCAGAGAUGAAGCAGAGACUGGAGCACGUGGGUGACGAACCUGGAGGCGUCGCCGGCAGCGGCCGGGAGGAGGAAGGAACCGCUGAGGUCAUGGCGAGUGGAAAGACCUGGGGAGAGGAGGAAGCCGAGGGGGAGGCCGGAAGUCCAGCAGAGGAGGAGCAGAGCUGCACCACUGCUCCUCCGGAGGGGUUCCUGUCGCCGCAGGAGGUCCAGAACAGCAGCUACACAGAGCUUCACAUGGCAGUACACUUUAUAUGCACUCUGCUGGAGCAGAGAUACUCGGCGGCGUCGCUGCGCAGCAUCACCACCGAGGUCCUGAAGGUGCUCAACGCCACCGAGGACCUGCUGCAGGGGGCGGAGCCUGGAGACGAAACCCCGCCCCCCUCGCUGCCCCCCCACAGCGACCCCAGGCAGCUGGACCAGCAGUUCUCCCGGCUGGAGGAGAGCGUGUACGUGGCCGCCGGCUCCGUGUACGGCCUGGAGGCGGAGCUCGGCGACCUGGAGGAGUGCGCCAGGGGGAUCUGCAGCUCCACCCCCUGCAUGGAGCUUUCCUACCUGGAGGAGCAGGUGGCCUCAGCAGCCGCCAAGGUGCAGCAGUCGGAGCUGCAGAUCUCUGACAUCUCGGCAAGAAUCGCUGCUUUGAAAAGCGCUGGACUUAAUGUGGAAACGCAGUCGCGUUUCAAGCCCAGGGCCGUUCCCGUGAUGCCUGCUACUCUGGACUCGUCCCGACAGCUCCGCAGGCGGUUGCCUGCUCCGCCGGGGAAAGAUGACAAGAACGCCUGAAGGAGCGCUGCAGUGCCUCGACACAGCUGUGCCUUGAACCCGUAACAAGCCAGUCCUCCAUGACUGGUUCAGAUUUGACUUUGCCUUAACGUCGUCGUAUAAUUAACCUGCUGGAACAAGACUGGACACAGCUGCUGUGUGUAGAAUGACAGUUAUCAUUUAUUUUGUCUGCUCGGAGAUUUACAGAAGAUAAAAUGGAAACAUUGGUGAACUAAAAUCAUUACUGAUUAACCCUGAAACACUUUAAAUGGUUGUGGAUGUUACUGUUAAUAUGUUUUCUGCCUUUGAACCGUGAAAAUAAACAGUGCUGACACACAGCAGACGUCCACCCGCGCGGACCCUCAGGUGGAGGUGGGCGUAGCGGUGAGGAAUGCAGCCUGCGCGUCCGAGACGAGGAAGUGACACCUCCACGUCACAUUCCUCCCUGUGAAGGAGGUGUGGGAACGGCGCUGGUAAACAGCAGCCGUCUCCAGACAGGCCUUCAGCGGUUACGACACCGCGCUCGUGUGUUCCUCUCAGGAUAUAACAGCUAAAACACAGGCUGGUAAUGCACCGGGGCAAAGCCUGGAGCUUCAAGUUCAUCAUGUGUAGGAGAGACUCACAUGGACUCAGCUGUGUCCUCAAAGCCUUCUGGGAUAUGUAGUUCCAGUCAGCAGCUCUCUGGGCCCAGGAAGCGCUCCCUCUGAUCCGGAAUAAUGAAUCCUUCCUUCUGCUCGCUCUCGCGUCUGCUGGACAUGAUGAACGACUGUUCGGGGUCGAUGACCGGCGCGGCGUCCUUGUCCUGACCCGGAGCCUCCACCUCAGCGUAGGAAGGGCAACCGGACCCCCGUCGGAACUUCAUGAUGGGCCAGUGGGUCGGACGACGCUGCAACGUGGAGAAAAAGACGUGGUUUUAAAAUGACUGGAAACAAGUUGAUUAACGUUGUGAUGCUACUGACGUGUCACAUCUGCAAAACAUGCAUCCGAUAUGUUAACGAGGUGUCAAUAUUAUAAGAAUGAUAUAAUUAUAGGAACAGGAAGUAGAUGCUUUAGAUCUUACAGAGGUGUCACAUUGUUCUCAGACUGAAUUAAAUAAAUCUUCUAAACAUUGGAGUAAAGUUG